UAUGUACCUGUGGUGAACAUAACACAAAUCCAUUUUUAUAUUUUUGUCGUAAUUUAGUUUUUUUUAUCUUAAGAUUUGCCAUUUGUUUUAUGUGGCUUUUUAAUUGGCUCUUUGUUACGUGCAAUGUAGCCUUUCUAUAUCCUACACUUGUUACUACAAUCACGCAUGCGCUAAGUUUAGUUUCAAGUGUUCGUUCUAUAUGAAUAAUAAUAGAUUAUCAUCAAAAGAAAUGGUCGCUAAGAGUAAAAACAAAGCUUUGUCCUGUUCAACACCGGAACAUAGGAUAGAAUCACCAUCUAGAGAUAGUGAUUCUAUUUGUGAUUCUGAGUCGGCCAGUCCUGUACCAUUUCUAUGUACGCAAGAUGGAGCAGAGGGUGAGACAGAUGUUGUUUGGAAUUUCUAUACACCUAAAUCUGAAACAGCUAAAUCACGGCUUAAAAAUACUACACCUUUAAGCAGGCGGCCAAAAAAAACAGUAAGAUCCAUUCCAAACGAAAAACCCAUACCCAGACGUAGACCUGUAAAACCCUCCCAGAAGAAAACUGAACUGUUUCAAGAUCUUCUGGAAUUGAAUCAGAAUUUGCAUGAAUACAUUUCUAAAAAGCCUUCUGUCACCACAGUUGUAAGUAAGCCACAGUCUGAAGAAGAUAUAUUUAGUGAUACAAGUGACAGUUCACCAAGAAGUGGAUUAAAAAGCAAGAAUCGCUGCCUUAGGAAGAACGUUCUAAGUUCAAAGUUUACAAAAGCUGAACCAGAGAGUGGCCUGGAGUCAGAUGAUUCAAUGAACGAGUGCUUAUUGAAAGCCAGUCAGGUUGUGGAGGAAAAUAUAUUGAACUUACAGCCUAAACCAGCAAAAAGGCCUUGUUUUGACUCAAUUACAAAAUGUUUUAAGCCAGGCCUAAGUGUAAACAUAGAUCAGGAUUCAAUGGACACCAUUUUAAAUAAUAUCAAGUUAGAAUCACCAUCUGUACAUAGAAUAAAAAAGUGUGAUUCACCUAAAUUAAAUAAUGACUCCUUUGAUUGUUUACUUGGUAAUUUAAAUGAUAGUGCCUUAGAGAGACUCUCACAAAUGCCAAUAAAAAGUGAAUCACGGAAUAGAACAAGUAAAAUUAAUGAAAGUAGUUGGAUGUUGAAAGAAUUAGUUGUUUGUGAUGGAAGCCCAUCAUCUAAGACUGUUUUCGGCAGGCAUAAUUCAAUGCCAGAGUCUCCGUCAGUCAAUAAUAGUAAUAAACCUUCAACCAGCGGAACGGCUUUUGGAAGGUACAGUUCAAUGCCAUUCAACAAAAGUGAUGACAAAAUAACAGUUCCAGGAGAUUCUCCAAUAAGAUGCACACCUGAUGAAAUAAAGAAGAAACAUAAACAAGCAAGAGAAAAGCUUAUGGCCAAAAGACAGCUUCCUUUUACCGCAACGCAGCAGUCCAUACCAACGUUAUUACAAUCACAAAUAAAUCCAGUUCCUAAAAAAACAAGUUUCCAACUUAAAGUUCCCAGUAGUAAGGUUAAUUCAGUGGAAAGAAAAGAUGCUGUUCAGAAAACUAAUACAGAUGUGGAUAUAAAAUUGAUAAUCGAAAAGAAGAGACAGGAAGCUUUAAUGAAGCUCAGAAAAAGGCAACCUCUAAGUAAAUAGCAUGACCUCUUCAAUAGUGAUAAAUAUAGAGACAAAUUGGCAGGUUUAUAAUUAGUGAUAUCCUUUUCACAAUGUUGUCUGCAGAAUAAGAUGGCUCUACUUCAAAUUUGUCAUUUUAGAUUAAAAUUAUGUAUUUGUCAAAAAGUUAACUGAUUGACAAAACUAAAAUUAGGCACAACUUUUACAAUGCAAUUAAUGGUUUCAUUACUAGUUACAGUAAGAAAUAUGAAAUAUUAUGUUCCUUACCCUUCUUUUAUAACACAAUUCUGUGAUUAUUAGCAUCUUUUUAUUCAGCUAAGGACAAAUUAUGUUGAACUUUAUGCCUGUCAAUUAAGCUUUGCAUAUGUAUACUGAAUUAACUGACCUGUUUUUGAUAAUAUUUUAGAAAUGUUAUGUUUAUAUUAUAGGAAUAAAAUGGUUGUUAUUUUUCAA